UUUGGUCUGGCGGCCGCCAUUCUCCCGGUUAGUUGCUGCUUUGGAUGUCCAGCCUCCACCAUUCCGCUUCUGGCUCCUUUGCCGUUUAGUCGCUCACAAUCUGGGUUUAUACGCCUCCCACGCUCUGGGUACAGAGAACGUCAGGCCCAGGCCUCGUCAGUAUACUCGACCGAACGCGAGGCCUCCACCGUCCGAUCGCUGAUUACCGGUGGUAUCCAGAGCUUCCUGCACUUAACGUAACCCCUUAAACUGGUGAAAAUCUGAAAUCGAAGGGUUUGGAUAUUACUGGACCGUGCCCACCGCGUUCGCUGCUUUGUUUCAGAAGUAAAGGCUUCCAUGAAGUCUGCCUUUCUGCACCUUGAUGUCAGCUGCUGCGUCUCGUUGUAAGAAUCUGCUGUGACGGCGCCGGCGGUGCCAUGAGGGUAGUGCCCGAGAAGAAUGCAGUCCGAAUCCUUUCCGGCCGGGAGCGGGGAGCGCAGACGGUGGGCGCGCAGCGGCUCUUACAAUGUCUGGUAGAGGACAAAACCUGCUUCAUGAAAUGGGAAGGAAAGAAGGUGGAGCUUCCCGACAGUCCGCGUUCUACAUUCCUACUGGCGUUCAGCCCAGACAGGACUUUGCUGGCUUCCACCCAUGUCAAUCACAACAUUUACAUCACGGAGGUGAAGACGGGGCGCUGCAUUCAUUCUCUGAUGGGACAUCGCCGCACUCCGUGGUGUGUAACCUUCCAUCCAACCAUCCCGGGUCUUAUUGCGUCAGGUUGCCUUGACGGGGAGGUUCGAAUUUGGGAUUUACAUGGUGGCAGUGAAAGCUGGUUCACGGACAGUAACAAUGCCAUCGCGUCCCUGGCCUUCCACCCCACGGUUCAGCUGCUUCUCAUCGCCACCGCCAACGAAAUCCACUUCUGGGACUGGAGCCGGCGAGAGCCGUUUGCCGUGGUGAAGACGGCUAGCGAGAUGGAGCGUGUGCGAUUGGUACGAUUCGACCCCCUUGGGCAUUUUCUUCUCACUGCUAUCGUGAACCCCUCUAACCAGCAGAGUGAUGAAGAGUCUGAGAUUCCUCUGGACAGUGCAGAGAUUCCUAUAUACCGGCAGCGCUCGCUGCUGCAGACCCAGCCGGUACGCAGGACUCCUCUACUCCACAACUUUUUGCACAUGCUCUCCUCGCGCUCCUCUGGCACUCAGGCUGGUGACCAGCCGCCGGUGCAGGACUCUGCCACCCCAUCACCACCACCACCCCCUCCUCCUCCUCUCCCCCCUCCACCAACAACGGAGAGCAAUCCAAGGCACAUUUAUACCCGUGUCCGAGAGAGGGCUUCGGGUGCAAAUACUCCCUGCUGCCAAGACCCCAGUAUGCUGUGCCUCUGCAUCCGAUGCUCUAGCGCACGGCUCUCUUCUCCUCUCUUUCCGCACCCUGAGACACCUGGUGCUCCCUCUACAUCAUCGGGGGCUACCUCCACUUCCUAUUCCCCAGUACAGACUGAGCCCCCGCAUUCUGUAGACCGACAGCAACACCAGUCUUCUGCUCAGCACGACCAUGGGCUCCUAAGCCGCCCUUCUGCCUUCAGCAGCGUACACAGCAGCACCGCUGGCAACACACUGCGCAACCUGAGCCUGGGACCCACGCGCCGCUCGCUUACAGGGCAGCCAUCCCGUUACCAGCAGCCUCCCACUGACCUGUCUGGGUCUGAUUGGACUCGUACAGUGCUGAGCUUAUCUCCGAGGACCGAGAUAGAGCCCAUGCCCCCUCCCAGAACAAGCGCAUCUUCCGUAAGCCUGUUGUCUGUCUUAAGACAGCAGGAAGGAGAGGCUUCAUCUUCUGUAUAUACGUCGGCUACGGAGGGACGUGGGUUCUCCAGACCUGAGCCGGAAAGCUCAGGAACUUCUUCUUCUGUGCACCCAACGGCCACUCGGACAGAGCUCCAGUGCGAUCUGAGGCGCUUCUUCCUUGAGUAUGAUCGGCUACAUGAACUGGAACCAGGGGCAUCGGGCUCAAGCCAGGGCCAAGCCCAUGAGAUGCUUAACAAUAACCUGGAACCUGAGCAGCCUGGCACCUCUCACCAGCCCAACCAAGCACCCAGCGGCGAAAGCAGCUCCAGCCACCCUAGAGGGCAUAUGAACCGCUGUCGUGCUUGCCACAACCUGCUGACCUUCAAUAAUGACACCCUGCGCUGGGAGAGGACCCCACCAGCUUACCCAGAGGCUGCGGGGACAUCUUCUUGGCAGCCUCCACCUGUCCCUCCUCCCAGCACCUUUCAGCCGGGUCUUUCUGCCGGCAGCACGGAGCGACCUGGAGCUGCAGGAGCAGAGAGAGCCGAGUUGGGAAACGUGGCGACAAACAGCGGCAGCCUGGAAACUGGGACAGCUCAGGAAGAGAGAACAGUCGGCGUGGUGUAUAACCCAGAAACCGGACACUGGGAAAGAGUCUACAGCCAGCCCGCUUCAGUUACUAGAGCUCCGAAUGUACCCCAAGAGGCCUUACCGCACGAACUGCCAGAGGAGAGCACGGAAGAGGACUCUCUUAGAAGGAGGCUUCUCGAGUCAUCGCUGAUCUCGCUUUCCCGUUACGAUGGUUCUGGAUCCCGGGAGCAUCCAAUCUAUCCCGACCCAGCCAGGUUGUCUCCGGCCGCUUACUACGCACAACGAAUGAUCCAGUACCUGUCUCGGAGGGACAGCAUCCGACAGCGUUCAAUGCGUUAUCAACAGAACCGUCUGAGGUCUUCGGCGUCUACCCCGUCCUCCAGCGAAGGCCAGGGCUCGGUGGAAACCGGUGACCUGGAGUUUGAGGAGUUCGAGGAUAACGGUGACCGCUCCCGGCACAGAACUCCCCGAAACGCACGCAUGUCCGCGCCGUCGCUGGGCCGCUUCGUCCCCAGGAGGUUUCUGUUACCCGAGUACUUGCCAUAUGCUGGUAUUUUCCACGAACGAGGGCAGCCGGGUCUGGCCACUCACUCCUCCGUUAACAGAGUGCUGGCAGGUGCUGUGAUCGGAGAUGGACAGUCUGCUGUGGCCAGUAACAUAGCGAACACCACUUACCGGUUGCAGUGGUGGGACUUCACAAAGUAUGACCUACCAGAGAUCAGUAAUGCCACUGCUAAUGUUCUGGUCCAGAACUGUAAGAUCUACAAUGAUGCCAGCUGUGACAUCUCUGCCGACGGGAAGCUCCUUGCAGCCUUCAUCCCCAGCAGCCAGCGCGGCUUCCCUGACGAAGGCAUCCUCGCUGUGUAUUCUCUAGCCCCACACAACCUCGGCGAGAUCCUCUUCACAAAGCGUUUUGGUCCCAAUGCCAUCUCGGUCAGCUUGUCCCCGAUGGGCCGCUACGUCAUGGUCGGGCUGGCUUCUCGCAGGAUCCUGCUUCAUCCUUCCACGGAGCACAUGGUGGCUCAGGUCUUCUGGCUGCAAAAACCUCACGAAGGAGAAACCUCUAUGAGACGUGUGUUUAACGUGCUCUACCCAAUGCCCGCCGACCAGAGACGACACGUCAGCAUCAACUCGGCUCGCUGGCUGCCCGAACCCGGCCUCGGCUUGGCAUACGGCACCAACAAGGGAGACCUGGUUAUCUGCCGGCCAGAGGCGUUUGACAAUGUCAUGAAUGAAGCCAUCCUGCAGCAUAACACUACCAGGACCAGCGAAAGGCCCGGAACGAGCCGUGCUUCCUGGAGGUCGGAUCGGGACAUGGGUUUGAUGAACGCCAUCGGCCUCCAGCCCAGGAAUCCCACCACCUCGGUGACAUCCCAGGGCACGCAGACCCCCGCUCCGCAGCUACAGAACGCAGAGACACAGACCGAAAGGGAGACCCCGGAGACCAACCCCAUGCUGCCCAGUACUGACGUAGGUUCUAGCAGUGAACAAGCUGCAGCUUCCAGUAGCGGUUCAGCAGGUGCAGGAACAGCAUCAGAGUCACUGGAAGGAAGCCUGGAGUCGGCAGAUGUGCCUUCCACAGGGGAGAGCCAGGAAGAUGCUCUGAGCAGGAUCCAGCGGCUCAUGGCUGAAGGAGGCAUGACAGCGGUGGUCCAGAGAGAGCAGAGCACCACCAUGGCGUCCAUGGGUGGCUUUGGCAAUAACAUCAUUGUCAGCCAUCGAAUCCACCGCAGCUCUCAAACGGCGUCUGAUCCCACCACGCGCUCCUCUGCCCAGCAUUCUCCACAGCCCUCCACCUCCCGAGAGAGCGUGGCGGAGCUCGAACGGCACAUUAACGCGGCCCCAACUCGUCUGCCGCCGCUGCACCCCGAAGGAGAAUCACUGGAAAAUAACAACAACAACAACAACGAUGAAGACCUUGGCCAGCAGCCUCCCAGUAGCAGCACCUUCCCCGGUGUGGAGAGGUAGAGAUGUGGAACUGCCAGCCCGGUACUGCUGUAAAGACAUACCCCUGCCCGCUUUCUGCCGAAGGUGGGGGGACUUUCUCAAGCUGUGGACAAUGGUGCUAUAGACUUGGAGGGGAAUUUGAUAAUUGGCCCUCCAGCGUCGGUGGGAUGGGGGAGUGCAGAGUUUUAGCAGCUAGGUGUUCUCACACUGCCCCCCUCCCACUUACCCCCUUACCUUGCACUCUCUGCCUUCCUAUUGGCAAUGCCCAGAAAGCAGAGAAAAUAUACCCCCUUUUACUUAGGUGGGUGUUGAUCUCAUCCUUGAGGAAAAUAUCAUUAUAGGCGGGCAAUGAAGAAAAAGAAGAGAAAAAAGUCCAUAAAUUGUCCUGCCCCCCCUUACCUUUACUGCCCCAUCUAGGUUUUAUUUUCCAAAGGAGAGGGGGCAAUCAGCACUAAAUGCCCCCUGGGUAAGUGUGAUUUUUAAGUGCAAAGAGCUGCUAUAAGACUGUUACUGCCCUCCGUGCUUUGAAUGAAGCUCUUGGAGGGAUGCAUGCACUACCAUAAGGGUGGAUUUGGUGGGGGCCCCUGUAAUGUGUGCCUCCACUUCUGCCCCAUGCGCGUGUCGGGGUGUUCUGUCGCCUCGACGUCAGUCAGAGGAAGCGGCGUAACUCUGGUUCCGAAUGAAGUUUCAGAACCAAGGCUGCUGCCCCGAGCACGGCCAUCACAACGUUGACAGACAUGGAAGUGGUUUCCCGUCGACGAGGACGCAAGGUCAUUCUUCCGCUAAUCACAAACCCAUAGGCAGCCGCCUCGGUAGGCUGAUUUCUUUUUGGGGGUUGCCAAAUAGGUCCAGUAAUAUGCUGCGUUUAGACUCUUAGCCCUGCUUUUUGUUUUGUUUUUUUCCUCCAGUUUUUCGUAUUACUUUAUUACUUUUUUUUUUUUUUGGGAAACCGCGACCUGCAAGGUCUAAACCAGUCCCCUUCCCCGAGUCUACAGUGUGUCUGACUGUGUGAAUGAAGUGUUCUUCCCUGUUCUUAUAGGUACUGAUGUCCCCGUGUUGUGUGAGCCCAGGUGCACCUCUAUCCUUGCCAAAGGCCAGUAGACCCUUGUGUGUUAAUCCCUUUGCUGGCAGAGCGCUUGGCAGCUUGCAGCAAACCAAACUGGCAAUGACUGGGUUAAACGCAAGAGGCAUCACGCUUAGCCCACCAGCUGCCUUGUACGUCCGGGCCUUGCACUCGCUCACCGAGACCCGUAUACCCACCUAGUAGUACUCUGGGAGGCCGCGAGCCCAGGAGGGUCUCUCGUGGGCUGCAAAUAGAUGUUGACAGUAUUAAAGAUGAAUGUUACAGAGGGGGACGGGAUACAUUCAGCUCUUGCAUGUGAAAUAUUAACGUGAAAAUGUUUUUUUUAUGCCGUAAAGAAGAUCCGAGCUGCCGACACCAACAACUCCUGCUGUACUUUGUUGCCUCCCUUCUAUCCCCCCCCCCCCCAGCUUGCAGGCACCCAGCCGCAGGUAGGGUGGUCCGGGAGAGAUUUAAAGGGUGCUUACAAGCUCAAGUACCAUGGAUCACCCACCCUUGCUGUAGGUUAACCCUAAUAUCUGCCACAGUAUGUAAGAACAAGCUUCCCGAAACGCCUGCUUUAACAGUCCUGCAGAGCAUUGCUCCAAAGCUUUUCUAAUGAACCUCAGAGAGAAUUGCCUUUUUUUCAAUUAAAUAUCUGCUGUAUCAUUAGCCUAGGCUGCAGAGCAUUGCUUUCUCUAUAUUCUGCGACAUUAGGGACAAGAAACCGUCGUUCCAGCUCACUCCCCCCAUAUACCCUUCUUGGAGAUUUGCAGAGCAUCACCCCGGCACCCCGCUGUAACAUUAUAAGAAUUACAAAGCUUUGCUCCAAUAGUCUGUAUCGCUUAUUUCAUUAUUUUUUGUUUGUUUUAUUUUUUUGUUUGCUAUUACAGUCUGUGUAACUUUUUUUUUUUUUUAUUUUAAUUCUGAAAGAAAGGUGCAAUGCAGAGCAUCAUUCCAAUAACCCAUUGUGACCUUUAGGGCAUGACUCAAUCCAUGUAACAAUUGUUUAAACUGCAGAGCGUUGCGCCAGUAAACCCUGUGACACCAA